CCAGGCGGCCGGAGAUCGCCGAGUCCACGAGCUGCGAAGAUGGCCGAGUCUGAGUCUGAGCCCGGUGCCUCCGGGCUGCCGGAGGUAGCCGAACCCCACACCUCCUGCCCGCCGCUGCCGAGUAGCUCCGGAGAUUGCCGAAGCGCUGAGAGGGCUGAGUCCGCCGCUCGGGGGCGGGCGGUGGGGGGGGUUCCUGUCGGCGAGACGAUGGCCACUUCAACGGAGCGCCGCGCUUUCGCUCAGAAAAUUAACCGGACCGUGGCAGCUGAAGUCAGAAAGCAAGUGUCCAGCCAAUAUAGCAGCUCCCCACAGCUGUCCAAGAAACGCAGCGGCUCCCAUCAGUUGGUACCCCUUUCUGAAGUGGUGGAGCCCGUGGACUUUGAGGAGUACCUGACUACACAUCCUCCUGCCCCAGAACCAGGCCCACUCCGAGAACUACUCGAGUUUCCUGCAGACGAUAUUGAAGUAGCAUACGAGCCACGGGAAUGUCGAACUGUGGAGCCUGGGGUUCCCGAGGAAGUGGGAAUGGACCCUCGUGUGAGGGAUGCAGUGCAGAUCUACACUGAAGACUGGGUCAUUGUUCACAGAAAGUACCAAAAGCUGAGCACUGCGUUUAACCCCAACACAUUGGAGAAACAGCGUGAGAGGCAGCGGGGCCUGCCCAAGCAGACCUUUGAGUCUGAUGAAGUUGCUGAUGACCGAGGAAGCCAGGAUGAUCAGGAUGAGUUGAAGCGAAGAUCAGUAUCUCUGGACGACACACCACGUGGAAGCUGGGCUUCCAGUAUUUUUGACCUGAAGAACUCCACUGCCGACUUGCUGCUGCCCAGCCUCCUGGAGCGCACGGCUAUCGAUGAAGUGGACAGACGCAAUGGGGAGCAGAGGAAAGAGAACCGACACAGGGAAGUGCUGGCACUCUUCCCACCACCAGAUGAGGAUGAAGCGGUUGAACGAUGCACUAUUCCUGAAGUCCCCAAAGAACAUUUCGGACAACGAAUUCUUGUAAAAUGCCUGUCAUUGAAGUUUGAAAUUGAAAUUGAGCCCAUAUUUGGGGUUCUUGCCCUUUAUGAUGUGAAAGAAAAGAAGAAGAUUUCUGAAAACUUCUAUUUUGAUUUGAAUUCGGACCAAAUGAAGGGCUUGCUCCGCCCUCAUAUUCCCCAUGUUGCUAUAUCGACAUUGGCCAGGUCUACCAUAUUCUCUAUAACAUAUCCUUCUGCUGACAUAUUCCUGGUAAUUAAGCUUGAAAAGGUUCUGCAGCAAGGUGACAUUGGGGAAUGUGCUGAACCCUACCUGGUUAUGAAGGAGUCUGAUUCCACCAAGCACAAGGAGAAAGUGGAGAAGUUGAAGAAUCAGGCAGAGCAGUUCUGCAACAAGUUGGGUAAAUUCCGAAUGCCCUUUGCCUGGACUGCCAUCCACCUCAUGAACAUUGUAAGCAGUGCCGGGAGCCUGGAGCGCGAUUCCUCAGACUCGGAAAGCGAGCGAAAGGGAACAUGGACAGACCGGAAGAAAAGGACGUUGGAGCGGAUGAGCAUUGGGGAUGAUACCUGCAACUACACCAACUUCAGACCAGCUACCCUGACUGUCACAAACUUCUUCAAACAGGAAGGGGACCGUUUAAGCGAUGAAGACUUGUAUAAGUUCCUGGCAGACAUGAGGAGACCCUCAUCUGUUCUGCGGAGACUGCGACCAGUGACAGCUCAAUUAAAGAUCGAUAUAUCUCCUGCUCCUGAAAGUCCACACUACUGCCUCUCUCCUGAGCUGCUCCAUGUCAAACCAUACCCAGAUCCUCGAGUCCGCCCAACAAAAGAGAUCCUGGAGUUCCCAGCAAGGGAGGUCUAUGUGCCCUACACUACAUACAGGAAUCUACUAUAUGUCUACCCACAGAGUUUGAACUUCAGCAGCCGCCAGGGGUCUGUACGGAAUAUUACAGUGAAAAUCCAGUUUAUGGCAGGGGAGGACCCCAACAAUGCCAUGCCGGUUAUCUUCGGGAAGUCCAGCUGUGCGGAUUUUUCAAGAGAGGCAUACUCUGCUGUGGUGUACCACAAUAAAUCGCCGGAGUUUUAUGAGGAAAUAAAAAUGAAGAUCCCAGCAAACCUGACAGAUAACCAUCACCUGCUUUUCACCUUCUACCACAUUAGUUGUCAGCAGAAACCGAGCUCAUCAUUGGAGACACCCGUUGGCUACACAUGGAUCCCUUUGAUGCAACAUGGUCGUCUCCGAACUGGACCAUUCAGCCUCCCAGUGUCAGUGGACAAGCCACCUCCUAGUUACUCAGUGCUCACUCCUGAUGUCCAACUACCUGGAAUGAAGUGGGUUGACAACCACAAAGGAGUUUUUAAUGUGGAAGUAUCUGCAGCAUCGUCAGUGCAUACCCAGGACCAGUAUCUGGAUAAGUUUUUCACUCUGGUGCAUGUUCUGGAGGAGUACUCGUUCCCUUUUCGGCUGAAGGAUGUGAUCAUCUCGGAGAAUAAUGUGGAGUCUGAGUUGAAAGCCAGUAUAACCAACUUGCGGUCAGCGAGGAUGGAGCCACUGCUCCGAUUUGUGCACCAUGUCCUCAACAAACUCAUCCUCUUAAUUGUGCGGCCUCCAAUUAUCAAUGGGCAAAUAGUAAAUCUAGGUCGAGCUGCUUUUGAGGUAAUGGCUCAGCUCAUCAAUCAGAUCCACAAGAACUUGGAAGGAAAUCAAGAUCAACAUGGACACAACAGCUUGCUAGUGUCCUAUAUACAUUAUAUGUUCCAUCUUCCAGACAAUGACAACUGUCCUCCGUUCCCUGGACCAAGCAGCCCCUCAUAUGGAGGUCCCAUUCAGUAUGCCACCCUGUCUCGUACUACUGCCAGGCCUACCAGCCUAAACCUGUCUCGCUCCAAGAGUAUCAGCAACAGCAAUCCAGAUCUUGCCACGACGCCAACAACGCCUGAUGAUGAGGUUACAAAAAUCAUGGGUUGCAAAGGGAUCGAUCGCUCUCACUCCUGGGUUAAUUCUGCUUACGCUCCCGGUGGGCCAAAGGCUGUCUUGAGGAGAAACCAUCCCAAUUCAAGCUGUGAUCUAAAGCAGGCAACUGAGCGGAGUCCCAACCGCAUGUCCGCAUAUAUGGAAGGCUUCAUUCAUUCACAGCACAGUCACCCAAGAUUUUCAACAAAAAAGUUGCUCCACGAGGAAUUGGCCUUACAGUGGGUCGUCAGCACCAGCAAUGUGCGAGAGGCAGCCUUACAGCAGGCCUGGUUUUUCUUUCAGCUAAUGGUGAAAAGUAUGGGCCAUCACCUCCACCUUUCAGACAGGCUUGAGGCCCCACGGAAAAUGAGGUUCCCGGAGAGAUUUGUGGAUGAUGUAACGGCUUUAGCCAGCAUGAUUACUGCAGACAUUGUCAGCAGGUUCCAGAAGGAUAUUGAAUUGGUGGAACGGCUGAACAUCAGCUUGGCAUUCUUUCUCAAUGACUUGCUCUCACUGAUGGACCGAGGAUAUGUUUUCAGCCUCAUUCGCAUGUACUACAAACAGGUCAGUAAUAAGCUGCAGAAUUCACAGAACCCAAAUGCUCUCAUUGCUCUACGACUGGACUUCAUCCGCAUUAUCUGCAGCCAUGAACACUACAUCACGCUAAAUCUUCCAUGCAGCACACUAUCUCCACCUGCUUCCCCGUCCCCAUCGGUCUCCUCAGCGACUUCCCAGAGUUCAGGCUUUUCCAUGCAUGUUCAGGAUCAGAAGAUAGCCAAUAUGUUUGAGAUGUCCGUGCCUUUUCGACAACAGCACUUUCUCGUGGGAUUACUACUGACUGAACUGGCCUUGAUCCUCGAACCUGACGUUGAAGGCUUGUUCUUCCUGCAUAAAAAGGCGAUCGGCGCAAUCCACAACCUGAUGUGCAGUCACGAUGCAGAUCCUCGUUACACCGAUUGCGAGGUGAAAGCCCACGUUGCUAAGCUGUAUUUGCCACUGAUCGGCAUUGUCAUGGACACCUUGCCACAGCUGUACGAUUUCACAGCAGAAAACGGCAACCAGAAGGGCCGCCUCACUGCCUCAAUGAUGGAUGAAGUGGACACCGAGAACAGCAGCAUGAUCAGUCAAACUAUCGCCAUGGCAAUAGCAGGGUCGCCCGUACCUCACCCAAACAGAAGCUCCCCACUUCAGCUUCCUGUUAUGCCCAGCCGACAGUAUUCCACCCUGUCAGCCGAAUCAAGUCGCAUCCUUCUCAUCUGUUUUCUCUGGGUCCUAAAGAAUGCAGAUGAGGAGAUCCUGCAAAAGUGGUUCACAGACCUAUCAGUCUUCCAGCUAAACCGACUGCUAGAUUUGCUAUACCUCUGCAUAUCCUGCUUCGAAUAUAAGGGUAAGAAAUCUUUUGAGCGGAUUAACAGCCUGACAUUUAAGAAAUCCCAGGAUAUGAAAGCACGACUGGAAGAGGCCAUUCUUGGGACGGUAGGAGCUCGGCAAGAGAUGGUGCGCCGGAGUCGAGAGAGGAGCCCAUAUGGAAGCCAAGAAAACGUUCGCUGGCGAAAGAACAUCACUCACUGGAGGCAGAAUGCUGAUAAGGUUGACAAGACAAAGGCUGAAAUGGAACACGAUGCCCUAGUAGAUGGAAACCUGGUUACUGAAGCUAACCUCGUGGUUUUGGACAUACUUGAAAUCAUUGUUCAGACAGUUAUGGUGUCAGAAUCUAAAGAGAGUGUGUUGAGUGGAGUGCUGAAGGUCAUUCUACACGCUAUGGCCUCUAACCAGAGUGCUCUCUUCCUGCAGCAUUGCUUUGCCACCCAGCGGGCACUGGUCUUUAAGUUUCCUGAAAUGCUAUUUGAGGAGGACACUGAGCUUUGCGCUGAUCUGUGUUUAAGACUUCUGCGACACUGCAGUAGCAGUGUGGGAACCAUUCGAGCCCAUGCCAGCGCUUCACUCUAUCUCCUGAUGAGGCAGAACUUUGAGAUUGGCAAUAACUUUGCCCGAGUGAAAAUGCAGGUAACAAUGUCACUGUCCUCAUUAGUGGGGACUUCCCAAAACUUCAACGAAGGAUACCUUCGCCGCUCACUGAAGACCAUUCUGACAUAUGCUGAGGAGGACCUGGAACUGCGUGAGACCACCUUCCCUGAGCAGGUACAAGAUCUGGUGUUUAACCUGCACAUGAUCCUCACAGAUACAGUGAAGAUGAAGGAACACCAGGAAGAUCCGGAAAUGUUGAUGGAUCUGAUGUACAGAAUUGCCAAAGGUUACCAGACAUCACCGGAUUUGCGCCUUACCUGGUUGCAGAAUAUGGCAGGGAAGCACUCUGAGCGGACUAACCAUGCCGAAGCGGCACAGUGCCUGGUGCAUUCUGCAGCUCUGGUGGCAGAAUACCUUAACAUGCUGGAAGACUGCCGGUACCUGCCAGUAGGCUGUGUCGGUUUUCAGUUCAUAUCAUCGAACGUUCUUGAGGAAUCAGCUGUAUCAGAUGAUGUUCUUUCUCCCGAUGAAGAAGGUAUUUGUGCUGGGAAAUAUUUCACGGAAGCUGGCCUGGUGGGAUUGCUGGAGCAAGCAGCAGCCUCCUUCACAAUGGCUGGGAUGUAUGAAGCUGUAAAUGAAGUGUACAAGAUCCUGAUCCCAAUCCAUGAAGCCAACCGGGACAGUAAGAAACUGGCAACAAUCCACGGAAAACUGCAGGAUGCUUUUAACAAAAUUCCUAAUCAGAGUUCUGGCUGGGAGAGGAUGUUUGGGACUUACUUCCGAGUGGGUUUCUAUGGUUGUAAAUUUGGAGAUUUGGACGAGCAGGAGUUUGUUUACAAGGAGCCCUCGAUCACCAAGCUAGCAGAGAUUUCAUACCGACUUGAGGAAUUCUACCGUGACCAGUUUGGUGAAGAGGCUGUUGAGAUUAUUAAAGAUUCCAAUCCGGUUGACAAAGCUAAACUGGAUCCUAACAAGGCAUACAUACAGAUCACAUAUGUUGAGCCUUUCUUUGACACCUACGAGAUGAAGGACAGAAUCACUUACUUUGACAAGAACUAUAACCUGCGCUGUUUCAUGUACUGCACGCCUUUUACAUUAGAUGGCCGCGCUCAUGGAGACCUGCAUGAGCAGUACAAACGGAAGACAAUACUCACAACCUCACACGCCUUCCCCUAUAUCAAAACUAGGAUCAAUGUCAUCCAUAAGGAAGAGAUUAUCUUAAUCCCAAUUGAAGUAGCGAUUGAGGAUAUGCAAAAGAAAACCCAGGAGUUGGCUUUUGCCACACACCAGGAACCAGCUGAUGCCAAGAUGUUGCAGAUGGUAUUACAGGGAAGUGUGGGGACCACAGUCAAUCAGGGGCCUUUGGAAGUGGCCCAAGUUUUCCUGGCAGACAUUCCGGAUGAUCCCAAGCUCUUCCGACAUCACAAUAAGCUACGCCUCUGCUUCAAAGACUUCAUGAAGCGAUGUGAGGAUGCCUUACGCAAAAACAAAACUCUGAUUGGAGCAGACCAGAAAGAGUACCACCGAGAAUUGGAGCGUAACUAUCACCGACUGAAGGAGUCUCUACAGCCAAUGAUCAACAGGAAGAUCCCCCAGUUAUACAAGGCUCUUAUACCCACCACAAGCCACCGGAAUUCAUUCAGCAGAUCGAGUCUGCGCAAAGUGGAAGUUUAAAGACCUGGUGGUUGCUUUUUCCUUUUGUUUCUUAUGUAUGAAGGACCUGUAUGAAGGAGGACCAUGUGGAAAGGGACAAUGCCCAAGUACUCAGGGUCUGCAAUCUUUAAAGCCUCCUCUUCAGCACCCAUACAACAGACGGCAGGUGACUACCAAACCCAAGCCAGGUGUGACUGAAGCUUUACCUUUGCAGUCCAGUCACAGGAGACAUUUUUCCAAAUAAGAAUUGUAGCUAUGUGUGAGCCUGGCCGCUGGAUCCAUUCAUUGCGAAGAGCCUAUUAAUGACCCAGUGACUUAAAGAAAAACCUGUCUCAUCAUACCAGUGUCUCCAACCAUAUGCAGGCAAGGGGGCUGUCUAUGCUGAUUUGUUGUUCUUUCCUUGUCCUGUGCACUUGUGCCCCGUGCGGUAUUAUAUGGUGCACUCUAGCACUAGUAACAGCUGGCAAAUAAUGGGAAAAGUUUAACAUGAGCCAAGUUGUGAAGGGGGGCACUGACCUGUUAUGGGAAUAUAUUUUUCUUGACAUCAAAGUAUCUUGAAAUACAGAAAGAAUGCUUAUUGGCACUGGCUUAAGUUGGCAGCGUGUUACAUAACACGUAAUGGGUCAAUCUUGAUCCCAGAUGCCAUCAACAUGCAAAACAGACUGUACCACUCUGGUGCCUACCAAUCACACCACCACUAGUCAACCAGUAGCUGUUUUGUAAUUUAUUACUGUUUCCACUGUGUACAUAUUUUAUGUAUUUACCAUUUAGGAACCACUAAAUAGCCAGCUGGAGGUUUCAGACACUAACUCCUUCUCAGUAGAUGUAGUAAGGUUUUGAAACAACCUGCCAGGAAUGGCGUCACUACAGUUGUCUCCUGAUGCAGGAUUUGGUGGUGUUUUAUCCACUCAGCUCUUGCACCGUUACCCUUCUUCAGGUUUUUUUUAAUGUCAUUAGUCAGCGAGGUGAAGAAGCUGCCUGUUAAAGCACCUGAAGACCAGUGGAAGCCCAGCACAUCCGCUGAAGCCUUCACUGGACGAUCCCAACUGACGUGUGAACCCGCUAACCAGGGUUUUUGGAGAUCUGCCCGAGUUGGAAGGUUUUUGAUAGCACAGUUGGUGGCACAGCUGAUGGAGGGGUUGCUAAGCAGCAACCUCGUCUAACUGCAAGUCCAGCAAUGGGCCCUAAAGGGGCAAGAGAGAUGUACAGAUCUGCAAUGGAUGAAGUUGGGUGCUUGUUUACAGAUUGUUGGCCUCUGUUGCAAGAUUAUCCUUGCUUCUUUGUAAAUGGUUAAAAAAAAUUGUCACUCCAGAACAGAGCAGAUCUUAGUGCAGUGUUGGAGGGUUGAUUAGGCUUUACAGAUAAUGUGAAGUUAAUACUGUUUACAGUUUUUUAAAAAAUGUUUGUGUCAAAAAGAUGAUUUUACUGUAAAUGAUGUUUAAUCUCCGUGUCUGUAUUCAGGGGAUAAACUGACGCCAUAAAGACCCAAAAUGCAAUGUUUUAAGAACAUCAGAGUGUUAAUGCUAUGCCUGCACUAGCUUAGCAACAUGCCUUUAUCCGCACAGAAGCACUCCUGUUCAGACACUGGUAACUCCAAACAAAUAGGUUGAUCUAUACCACAUCACUGCAAUAGGUUAACCCCACCCCCCAUUCACUACCAUGUUUUAAGACUGAAACCCUCUUUCACGUUAUUAUUGGUGUUAAAUUAUGUGUUAUGUAUUUCUGUUAUUGUUUGCCUUUAAUUUAAAGAGAAAAAGAGAUCAAAUUAAUUUUCUCCGAUUCUCUUGACUUCAGUGCAGAUAGUGGAAGAUCCUGAGACGUAUGAAUGCCCAGGUAUCUAUUGUGUGAUUUUUACACUGGCUCCUCCCAUCAAGUAACCAGCAUUUGGUUCAAUGUGGGGGCAACUUCCUUUUCAAUGUUUUCAACUCCCUUUUCAAUGUUUGAUGUAGAUCAAGGAAACAAUUCUGGAUAAAGCCACCAUAUUUCCAUUCAGUUCCAAUUGCCUUUGUCCUUGGAGACUGUCCAUUCUGACUGUCAUGUCUUACUUUAAAACCAAAUCCUAUUAUCUUAUUUGGAACAAGAUGAUUGUAAUCUUUACUCAGAUCUGUUUCUCUUUUAUUUUUAAUGAUUGCUUCUUAUUUAUUCAGAAUUAUUUAAUGAUUUAAUGGGAUAUUUUACACAGAGCAUGUUUAUUGAAGAUUGAUCGGGUCUGAAACACUUACUUUAUAAUCUUCAGUAACCAGGGCAUUUAUUCGUCAGUUACUUCUGCUAGGGUUGGGUUGGAUUUGUCCUAUAUUCCUCUCUACCUGCAAAGGGAGGGAACUAUAUUCCCAGUCCAGAUAUGGCUUUGCCAGAUGCACAGGUUUGCCUUACUUUUAUAGGCUUGUGCUCACUAUUCCCUAACAUUAGACUCCCAGCCUGUUGGUACUGCAUCCGUAAAGCUUCAGGUGGCCAGGCUGAAAGCAUCAUUGACUUAGGCAGCAAUAGGUGGGAGGCAAUAGAUGCCAUCAGCCCUCCGGUGAUCACCAGAGCUGUUGUUAUUCUUGUGUGAGCAUCUGCAGCGAGUGCUGUUGCACCCCUAAGUCACUGCUGACUCUGCUGUUGUCCUCUCCUGCCAGUCCUAUACACACACACACGUGUCACUGAAUAGUGACCAGGGGUGGGAUCUACUUUCUGACUUCCUCUUGAGGCCAGUAGGAAUGACCCUGUCAUUCCGACUGAUUCAACACGCGAACUAGAUGUAAAGAGAAAUCUAUUAAAAGCGAGACAGAUUGGGAUCAUAAAUGGGGCCAGCAUGAGCUGGGGAGGGGGAGUUUUCAUCGAUCACCACUGUAGCAGCAGGGAGGAGAUUGUAGGACAGACAAUCUUUCCAAGGGUGUGGCAAGUCAAGUGAGAAUGUGCUUUUUUUUCCCACUGGCCAGAGGGGCUUUGGGAAUCGUACAGUCCGUUGCCCACCUUUCAUUGUGGAGGGAGUGGAUUCUGAUCAGUUAUACCACAAGCAUGGCUGCAAUGUUGUGAUUUCUCACAUGGUGACGUUCCUGCAGUGCAUCCAGUACUUGAGAGACACUAAGUCCAUAUUAGUUAUACAUUUUUUUUUGAUGGUGUGGUGAUAAUAAGUAACAUAUCUGAGUUGCAAGGACCGGCAACUUGGGACUGUUGUCAGAAAUCCACUGUCUGAUGCAGAUUAAAAGUUGCAAACGUUAAAAAUCUGAAGUAAGAAAAUUCUGGAAACGGACAGCAGGUCAGUUAACAGGAGCAACGUGCACUAACAGGGCGUCUUUCACAUAAGCGUGUCAGCAGGCACCUUACCAGAGUACUAUGGGAACUGAGUGCAAGGUAGGGUCAUUUCCCUUUCCAGCACUGGUUAACCUGCUGUGUAUUUCCAGCAGUUUUUGUGGGGUUUUUUAUUUUGCUGACAGCUCGGACACGCUGAUACACACUCCAUGCAGUGUGUUCGGGGUUUAAAUGUGCCUUUGUUGACUAUAUUCUCAUCUAGUAAUUGGGAACAAGAAGCCCCGCCACCACCACCACUGAUUAAGAAGACUACAAAGAUAUUUUACUGGGCUCAGACCUCACUAUUAGUGCUGUUUUCAUGUGUGUGCGUGUAUAUAGUAUAUAAUAUAUAUAUAUAUAUAAAAUAGAUUUUUUUAAACUGUGUAAGGUGUUUGUGGGACCGUAGGUCCUGGUGUACGCACGGUUUUUUUUUCAUUCCACGUUAUUGAUCAAGUUCUCCUGAAACUGGGGGACCUAAGCACCCUUUGUUAAAAGUGGAGACAGUUCCACAAGACCUUCCUCCAAAGUACCGGGCGCCGGGAGUCCCAUUCUGUUGUCCUCCCAUCUUCAACCUGCUUUUCUCAGGUUGGUGUGUUCACUCGUUUUUUUUUCCUCACUAGAUCGCCUUUGCACUAUAUUUUUGUGGGGUGGGUGGGGAGCGGUGGAAUUUAGGAAAAUGUUACGUCGUAUCUUUCAAAUGGAUUUUUUUCUUUUCAACUUGUAAUAACCUGGUGUAAAUCAAUAAAGAAAAAAAGGCCAA